AUGUCGUCCUUCUCGCUCGAUCUUCUCACAGAGCUCGCUGACAAGCACCCAAAGCCGAACACCCGCUUCCAGUAUGGCACAGCCGGCUUCAGAACCAAGGCCAGUAUCUUGGACUCUGUCUUGUUUCGUGUAGGCGUGCUCGCUGGUCUCCGUAGCCGUAGGCUGGACGGUAAGACUAUCGGAGUCAUGGUGACCGCAUCGCACAACCCCGAGCCUGACAAUGGCGUCAAACUUGUCGAUCCCCGCGGCGACAUGUUGGAGGCCGCCUGGGAGGGUCAUGCGACUGCCUUUGCCAACGCUGCCUCUACCGAGGAAUUCGUCGAGACUGUCGAGGCGUUCAUCAAGUCGGCCAAGAUCGACAUGAGCAAGCCAGCUCACGUUGUGUACGGUCGUGACACGCGUCCUUCUGGACCUGCACUUGUGGCUGCCCUGGAGGAUGGCUUCAAGGCCAUUGGUGCGGAGACGCGCGAUGCUGGUGUGGUCACGACGCCCAUCCUUCACUACCUUGUACGUGCGAUCAACACCAAGGGCACCAAGGACGAAUACGGCGAAGACACAGAGGAAGGCUAUUACAGUAAGCUCGGUACUGCUUACAGAAAACUUGUGGCGGGUAAGCAACCCCAGUCCCCGCUCAUCGUUGAUUGUGCCAAUGGUGUCGGCGUCGACGCUGUCACCAAGAUCGUCCCCUACGUCGGCGAGGUCCUCCCAUUGAUCGCCAUAAACACGGACAUUACCACACCCGGCGCGCUCAACAAUGCCUGUGGCGCCGACUAUGUGAAGACCUCGCAGAAGCUGCCCCCUUCUCUCGUCGGCAAGCUCGAGGCCGGACAGCGCGGCGCUAGCUUCGACGGCGAUGCCGAUCGUUUGAUGUACUACUACCUCGACGAGCGCAAGCAGUUCCACAUGCUAGACGGCGAUAAGAUCGCCGCCCUAGUUGCCGCCUUCAUCGUCGAGCUCGUCAAGAACGCCGGCCUUCAUGACGAGAUCAAGCUCGGUGUUGUGCAGACAGCCUACGCUAAUGGCGCCUCCACCAAGUAUCUUGCUGAGCGCCUACCGGUCCGUUGUGUACCGACGGGCGUCAAGCAUCUCCACCACGCGGCAGAGCGCUACGAUGUCGGCGUCUACUUCGAAGCUAACGGCCAUGGCACUGUCCUCUUCUCUCCCGCAACACAGGAACUCUUGGCAACGCACGAACCUUCGACGCCCGCACAGUCUACCGCUCUCAACCACCUCCGUAAUCUCGUCGCCGUAGUCAACCAGACCGUCGGUGACGCGCUCUCCGACAUGCUUCUCGUCGAGGCUAUCCUCACGCACAAGUCGUACUCCGGCGAGGAGUGGGACUCGCUCUACAUGGACUUGCCUAACCGUCUUGUCAAGGUGGUUGUGGGUGACCGUCAUGCAUUCCAGACCGAGGACGCCGAGCGCCGCCUCGUCAGCCCGAAAGGUCUUCAGGCAAAGAUCGACGAUCUUGUGCGUCGUUAUGAAGGCGGACGGUCUUUCGUUAGGCCCAGUGGCACGGAGGACGUCGUGCGUGUGUAUGCGGAGGCCACGAUUCGCUCCCAGGCUGACGAGCUUGCGUUCCGCGUGGCCGGUCUUGUCUACGACGAGGCUGGUGGCGACCAAGCCACUCGCCCAAAGGAGUUCAUCUAG